CCUUCCCCUUGCCGUCGCUCCCCAGUCCCGCCUCGCCUCUCGCGACGGCUGUUCUUGCUCUUUCCGGAGGAGCGAAAGGAGGCCUCGCGGGAAGCCUCGGCCUCGCGUAGCGCCGCCAGCCGGGCGAUGACGACCCCGCCGCCGACGAGGCCGAGGCGAGCCCCUCGCUAAAGGAGGCCUUCCCUUCUCUUCGCUGCUCCUGCCGCCGCCGUCUCGCCUUCGUUCUCCUCCGAGGCCGCCUCCCCUCCGUCGCCAUGCCGGCCAAAAGGAAGCUGGUCCCGCCGGCCUUGAACAUCACCCCCACCAUCGCCGAAGGGCCCAGUCCCACCGGCGGCGAGGGCGACGGCCCCGAAGCGCAUCUGGUGGACCUCCAGAAGAAGCUCGAAGAACUGGAGCUGGACGAGCAGCAGAAGAAGCGGCUGGAGGCUUUCCUCACCCAGAAGGCCAAAGUUGGGGAACUGAAGGACGACGAUUUCGAGCGCAUUUCAGAACUUGGCGCCGGCAAUGGCGGGGUGGUCACCAAAGUCCAGCACAAACCCUCAGGGCUCAUCAUGGCACGGAAGCUGAUUCACCUAGAGAUCAAGCCCGCCAUUCGGAACCAGAUCAUCCGUGAGCUGCAGGUCCUUCACGAGUGCAACUCCCCCUAUAUUGUGGGUUUCUAUGGGGCCUUUUACAGCGACGGGGAAAUCAGCAUUUGUAUGGAGCACAUGGAUGGAGGCUCCCUCGACCAGGUCUUGAAAGAAGCCAAGAGGAUUCCUGAAGAAAUCUUAGGGAAAGUGAGCAUCGCGGUUUUGCGAGGCUUAGCUUACUUACGGGAGAAGCACCAGAUUAUGCACAGAGAUGUGAAGCCUUCAAACAUUUUGGUGAAUUCCCGAGGAGAGAUCAAACUCUGUGAUUUCGGGGUCAGCGGCCAGCUCAUUGACUCCAUGGCAAAUUCUUUUGUGGGCACCCGAUCCUAUAUGUCGCCCGAGCGCCUGCAAGGCACUCACUACUCAGUCCAGUCCGACAUCUGGAGCAUGGGCCUCUCCCUGGUGGAGCUCUCCAUCGGAAGGUACCCCAUCCCCCCGCCUGAUGGCAAGGAGCUGGAAGCGAUCUUCGGCCGCCCGGUAGUGGACGGAGCAGGAGGAGAGCCUCACAGCAUCUCACCACGGCCCAGGCCCCCAGGACGUCCAGUUAGUGGCCAUGGCAUGGACAGUCGGCCGGCGAUGGCCAUCUUCGAGCUGCUGGACUACAUUGUGAACGAGCCGCCUCCAAAGCUGCCGCCUGGAGUUUUCACGCAAGACUUCCAGGAAUUUGUAAAUAAAUGCUUAAUUAAAAACCCUGCUGAACGGGCAGAUCUCAAGAUGCUGAUGAAUCACGCCUUUAUCAAACGCUCCGAGAUAGAGGAGGUAGAUUUUGCUGGCUGGCUCUGCAAGACGCUGCGGUUGAACCAGCCCGGCACGCCCACCCGCACGGCCGUGUGACCGACGAGCAAAACUGCCUUCGAAGACUUAGGGGUUCCCCACAAACACAACGCCCCCCCCUUUCCCCCGCCUCCUUCCUUUCGUGCACCUGCUUCUCGGCUGACCUGCGCCGCCCUUGAACAGAAGAAUGGAGAGAACUGCCUGGCCUUCACUUCCUGCCCGCCCACCCUUUGCUCCGGAAAGGAAAGCUAAGACACUGGUUUGAAGAACGAAACAAAGAAAAAAGAAGAAGAGGAGGAAAGGAAAAUACACCCAGUCAUCUGGCAGCAAAGAAGCAGAAAACGGGCCUGUUCCACUGUGUUCCUCUUUUGUUAGGUUUCAUUUCUGCUCCUGAGGGGCCCCAGCUUGGCGUGCUUUCUGGAGCCUUCUGACUGGCGCUUGGGGGUGGGUUGGGUGGCUUACGGGGCCGGCUGCUUCGUGCUCGGCGUCAUCUUUUUGGAGCCGUUCAUAAGGGUCCCCGGAGCAAAGAGAGUCUGCUUGAGCAAAUGGGUUGCUCCUUUAGUAAUUUUUUUCCUCCUUUUUUUCUUUCAUUUUUGGAUGAGCCUGGCUCAGCGGCCGGUGCUGCCGGAUAACCUCCAAAAAAA